AGAGCGCAUUCAUCAAGAAUCAAAACUACCGUUGGCGUGUUUAUGGUACAGUGGUAACAAAAUCAAAGCCCACAUUCAUUUUCGAGUGUCUUUUCGAACUCCUUUUGGAGCAGAAUAUUUGAUAGUUAAAAUUCCCGUCAAUUCCUGAAGAUCUGGAAAAGGAGGAUUUGGAAAAAGUGGAGAAUUAGCUAGUAGAUGAUUUUGUAUACAUGGCGCAGCGUAGGAUAGCAGUAAUAGGAUGCGGUUUUACUGGACUGUGCGCGUUGAAGCAUUUCUCUUUGGAUCCAAGUUUUCAAGUUGUCGGAUUUGAGCAAGCAGACAGCAUCGGUGGAGUAUGGAAAUAUCCAGCCGGAUGCGAAACCAACAUUCAACAGCCGGAAACAUCGCCUUUUUAUUGUCGAAUAUAUCGUGAUCUCUUGACAAACGUUCCGCGUGACCUAAUGAGCCUGGAAGAUUUUCCAUUUACUUACGGCGAAGAUGGAAAUUCGUACUGCAAUAGUGAAACUGUGAUGGGUUAUAUGCGAAGCUACGCAGACCAUUUCAAGCUCAUUCCUCACAUCAAAUUUCGGCACCGGGUCAUCCGGGUAAUGCCCAUUCCCGGGACUUCCGGGAAAGCAUGCGGAGAAGGUCAUGCUUCCACACAGUGGAAUGUUACUUACGAGAAUUUGGAAAACGCUGAUAUUGCCGAUGACAUUUUUGAUGCGGUUGUGGUCUGCAAUGGACAUUACCAUAAACCAAAUCUACCAGAGCUUCCCGGUCUGACAGAUUUCAACGGAGAAGUCAUACACAGCAGCGACUAUCGAAUUCCCGAAGUGUACCGCGGUAAAACCGUGUUGAUUAUUGGCGGCAGCAUCUCCGCACGUGAUAUUGCAAUCGAACUGCUUCCUGCAGCCAAAAAGAUUAUAAUCUGCCGACGUCAGCCGAAAGAUUUGUUCCCGAUUAAACUUCACAACAUCCAAGAAACAGCGCCUAUCCAUAGCUUAACUACCGAUGCGUGCAUCUUAAGCGAUGGUAGCGUGGAAAAAAUUGAUAGCGUCAUUUUCUGCACGGGCUAUGAUUUUAAUUGUCCUUUUAUCCACGAAAAAUGCCGUUUAUCAAUCGGUCGUGGUCGUAUUACUCCGCUGUACCACCAUUUAAUUAACUGCUAUUACCCAACGAUGGCCUUCCUUUACAUCUGCCGAACGUCUGUCUUUACUCCGGUUCUGGAUUACCAGGUAAAAUACUUCAAAGCCAACCUUAAGGGCGACAUUAUUCUUCCCAGUCUGGAUGAAAUGCUCAAGGAAGCGGACAUGGAGUAUGAAGAGAGAAUGAAAGCCGGCUUACGAGAGCACGAAGCGCACACCAUGGAUGACCGAUUGUGGCCGUACAUCGACCAGUUGGCAGCGGAACUGGGAAUUGCAAGCUACGAACCGGUGUGCAGAAAGAUGUAUGCAAAAUUAAAAGGGAUACUCUUCGGUUCACCGCUUAGUGCAAAACGAUACGUUGUGAAAAAGCUCAGUGAUGAGGAUUUUGUUGUAAUGUAUAAUAUCACACUUAUUCUGUGUAAGAAUCUCACUUUACGACGUUUUUUAUUUCUACGAGAUUUUGCGAGAAGGAGAUCGACCGGUUUCCGGCAAUCCUCUUCAUAUGUAAAUGUGUUAUAUAAGCUAUACAUAAUCAUGUGGUUAUUUUUAAUGACAUUAUCAAUGCAUACGCUGGUGGAUUCUCGGAAGUACAAUAUCAGGAUCGGCUCGCCAACUAUCAACAGUAGUGCUCUCCCGGAAGUAUGGGGACUGAGUUUCUGUGGGCCGUUGAUGGAUAAAGGAUUGGCAGAACUGAAGAAACGCUUUGAUGGAAUUGUUAAUAUUUCCCAAUCAUAUUUAUUGGAGAACGACCGGAGAAGUGAAGUACUUUUGGCUGAUGAUGUGGAAAACUUUGUUGCCAAUUACACUUUCGAGCACGAAAACUCGUCUGACAUGAUAGCAUUCUUGGGAGGGUCUUCUAGAUCCGUGGAACAGGAAGUUCAGAUGACAAGAGCUUUAAAGACAUUCCAAAUAAGCAGCCUAGGAAAUGGGCCGAAUCAAGAAAAAGAUCGUCAGUUCAUUUCAAUUUCCGUGUAUCCACUAACUGCAUUAAUUGCAUUCUGUCAGCGAUUUUUCACCGACAACAAAUGGACCUCUAUUGCAUCCAUCAUUGAUGAGUCUUCGUUUUUUACCGUGCCUAUGAAUCGAGCAAUGGAUGAACAGUUCUCCAUGAGAUUCAAAAGUGGCCCAGACAUUUACUACACCCGGUUUAGUUAUGACCAAAGAAAAGGAGUUGAUGAGCUACGUCACAUUUUCAAACUUAUCAGCGAAGUUAGUCGAGUCGUAUUUAUAUUUGGAUCAGGACAAAGAUUUCGAAAAAUUAUGAUCGAAGCUUACCGGCAAAAUUUGACAAAUGGAGACUACGUCUUUUUAUUUCCAAUUUUGCAAAUGCAGGGUUUGCCGCCAGCGUUGCAAGAUAGUUAUUCUUGGAAGUAUAAUGAUGCCGAUGAUCCGGUCGUAUUCGAGGCUUUUCGCUCGGUCGUUCUGAUCUCUCAUGUGAUUGAAUUUCCUGAAGACCCAGUGCCUGGUUUCCGUUUAGCUGUAAUGGAGGCGGCUCGCGAAAAGUACAAUUUUACUUAUCCGAAUAACAUGAUUCCUUCCAAUCUUUAUCCAAGCUAUGAGAUGUACCAACUUUUUGCGGAGGUUUUAAACGAAACACUACAAUCUAAUGGCAGUUUGAAAGACGGUUAUGAGUUUGCCAAAAGAUUUCUGAAUAGAACCUUCGUUCUGUCAACCGGCCCACUUUUUAUCGAUGAACUGGGUGAACGAAUGGUAGACAUCGCAGCCGCUGUAAUGGACCCAGACUCUGGAAACUUUACUCGCUCGCACCAAUAUUCACAUCAAAACAGGACGAUGCUCACUUUGAGGAACGUGAGUGAAGUUUGGCCGUCUGGAAUUUGGCCAGUUCUUAAUACACCACGCUGUGGAUAUAGGAACGAUUCCUGUAAUAAACAAGACAGUUCGUACAUGACUAUUCCAGUAUCCGCUGCCUCGUCCUGUGUUGCUGUCAUCCUUCUGGCUUUCUGGGCUUUAUGGGCUUGGCAGCGUUGGCGGUUCGUUGAAUCACCGUGGUGGCAAAUUUCGUUGACAGAUAUUGUUGACCUUUCGGAUACCGGGGCGCCAAAGACAGCUCACGACCAUCAGAAGACAUAUGCAUCCAACAGUGUAGUAAACCUAAGUGCGUUUAAUAGUGGGCAUAACAACCCCAGAGUUUCCAAAUUGCAUAAUGGACAAUUAAUGUGGGCAACCGUGGUCCCUAACUGGAGAUUCGGCCAAAAGGCAUCCAUGUCGUGGCAUUUGCUGCAGUACCUGUAUGAACUCAAGCAAAUAAACAGCGACAACAUAAAUGAAUUUGUUGGGAUUUGCACUGAAUUGCCACAGGCUGCCAUAUUCGAGCCGUACUGCAGAAGGCAUUCAUUAAAUGACCUUAUUGACCACAUGGACAAUCCUGACAUGGAUUUGAAACUUUCAUUAUUGGCAGAUCUGGCAUCGGGGCUGCAAUACAUUCAUAAAACCAAGAUAAAAUUUCACGGAAAUUUGCGCACUACAAAGUGCUUGCUGGACAGCCGUUUGGCACUAAAGAUAUCUGAUCUGGGCAACGAAACAAUUAUGAAACUCAUUGCCAAAUCCAGAAUAAUGAACAAAUACAGGGAUAGUAGAGUGAGCAACGCAAAUACCAACAUGGAAAUUUUGAAGUUUUUAUUUGUGCCGCCUGAAGUGUUACGCGGAAGUGAUAGGCCUAACGAGCACAGUGACAUCUAUGCCUUUGGAAUAAUUUCACAUUGUCUGCUCUGCAAGACACAACCUUUUGGCAUUCGGUAUGAAUACGCACAAAGCGAUGCAUCAGAUGCGCUCGCGCUUAUACGCGAAAGAUCCACCCCUUCUUUCCGGCCAAAAUUUACUGAUCGAGAAUAUUGUGCUAAUUUGUCGCAAGAUGCGAUUAUGCUUUUUGAGUCGUGUUGGGAAGAGAACCCACAUCACAGACCAUCAGCAGGAAUUCUGGUGCAGCGCUUGACCAAAGUAUUGAUGUUUCACGGAAUCUCGGAAUUGUCGUUUUUUGGUCGGGUGAUGGCGCGAUUGAAUGCUUAUUCAGAUACACUGGAAACACAAGUGCAAAACAGCACAAAGCUCUUAGCCGUCGAACGGCAUAAGUGUGAAAAGCUUCUGGGUGAAAUGUUUCCAAGAGAAAUUUUGCGGCGGCUGCAGGAUGGGAAGCCGGUUCUUCCAGAGUAUUUCGAGUCAGCAUCUGUGUACUUCAGCAGUAUUUUUGGGUUUCUUGAUUUCGUUCGAGCAUCCACGCCCACUGAAACUUCGGCCUUUUUGGACGGGGUAUAUUCUUACUUUGACCGAGAAAUUGAGCUGUUUGGAGUAUACAAAGUGGAAACCAUUGGAGAUAUAUACGUGGUAGUCAGUGGUUUGCCAAAGCGAAAUGGUACUCGCCAUAUUACCGAAAUCUGCUUAAUGGCUCUCCAGUUAAAAAAGGCGUUUGGUGCUUUAAAGACUCGCUUGCCCAUGCAAUUGCGGAUAGGAAUUCAUACCGGAUCUCUUGCCGCUGGAGUAAUCGGAACCAAAUCACCGCGAUAUUGUUUAUUCGGUGAUGCUGUAAAUACUGCCAGCCGGAUGGAAAGCCAUGGUCAGCCUUCAAAAAUCCAUUUAAGUGAUUCCGCUGCCACAUUAGCCGAAAAGAACAAUUUCAUUCUCGAUUUUCGAGGAGACUUGGAAGUAAAGGGCAAAGGCCGCAUUGCCACCUUUUGGUUGACCGGAAUCAAGGAGCCAUGACAGAAAUCAGGAAACCAAGAUAUAAGAUGUUUUUAGGAUUCUGUUCCACCUGAGCCAAAUCGUUGCCAAUGCAAGGACACUAGUGUCCUUGCAAGGACACUAGUGUCCCUAGUGGUUGGGGCAAGUACUUGCCCCAACCACCAAAAGUGUUCCUUUAAUUAUACGCAUGUAUGAUCUAUAUUGGCAAAGGUCACACAAAACGUUAAUUUUUUGCUAUCUGGUUUUUUGCUGUGGCCUUCUCAUUACCUUCUUUCUGUUCAAUUAAAUGGGCAUUUAGUCGCAUGGUAAUCUAAUUCACGUCAUUUGUAAUCUAAUUCAAGUUUUUAAUUUGAAAUCAGGUUACGUCAGUGUGGAAGCUGUACUCGUUUACCCGAGUAAAACAACCUGCAAAAAAAACGUUAGCUAAACGUUGGAAAACGGCUAAAAUUGACACACAUCCGUUCACCUAGCAGUAGUUACACGUUAAACUGACGUUUUUCCUACAAGCUGUUUUACUC